CAGACUCUGCUUCACAGAGGCGCUGGCGGCAGUGGUUUCGUGUGCUGCGGUGAAGUUGCUGCUGCAGGGAGAUGAUGAACUGAGAGCUUUGGCGAGCUGGGGAACCACAACAUGAGGGCAGUGACCUAUGAUGAUGUGCAUAUCAACUUCAAUCAGGAAGAGUGGAAUUUGCUGGAUGCUUCCCAGAAGAAUCUCUACAAAGAUGUGAUGCUGGAGACCUACAGGAACCUCACUACUAUAGGAUGCAUUUGGGAAGAUCAUAAUAGUGAAGAACAUUGUCAGUGUUCUAGAAGACAUGAAAGGAUUGAAAGAAUUCAAACUGGAGAGAAACUUUCAGUAUACCUUCGAUGUAGUAAACCCUUGACAUAUGACAGUCACCUUAAAUGGAAUGAAAGAACACAGACUGGAGAGAAAACAUAUGAAUGUAAUCAGUGUGGUAAGAUCUUUUCAGGUCACAGUAAUCUACAAAAGCAUAAAAGAACACAUACUGGAGAGAAACCCUAUGGAUGUUAUCAGUGUGGUAAGGCCUUUGAUUGUCACAGUGAUCUUCAAAGGCAUGAAAGAACACACACUGGAGAGAAACCCUAUGAAUGUAAUCAGUGUGGUAAGGCCUUUGCACAGCACAGUGGUCUUCAAAAGCAUAAAAGAACACAUACUGGAGAGAAACCCUAUGAAUGUAAUGAGUGUGGGAAGGCCUUUGCAGCUCACAGUAAUCUUCAAAGUCAUAAAAGGACACAUACUGGAGAGAAACCCUAUAAAUGUAAUCAAUGUGGUAAGGCAUUUGCAGUGCACCGUACUCUUCAAUUGCAUCAAAGAACACACACUGGAGAGAAACCCUAUGAAUGUAAUCAGUGUGGUAAGGCCUUUGCACAGUACAGUGGUCUUCAAAGUCAUAAAAGAACACAUAGUGGAGAGAAGCCCUAUGAAUGUAAUCAGUGUCAGAAGGCCUUUGCAGAGCUGAGUGGUCUUCAAAAUCAUAAAAGAACACAUACCGGAGAGAAGCCCUAUAAAUGUAAUGAGUGUGGUAAGGCCUUUGCAGUGCACCGUACUCUUCAAUUGCAUCAAAGAAGACAUACUGGAGAGAAGCCCUAUGAAUGUAAUCAGUGUGGGAAAGCCUUUGCACAGCACAGUGGUCUUCAAAGUCAUAAAAAAACACACACUGGGGAGAAACCCUAUGAAUAUAAUCAAUGUGGUAAGGCCUUUGUAGAGUACUUUUCAGUUGCAUAAAAGAACACACAAGAGAGAAAUCCUAUGAAUGUAAUCAGUGUGCUAAGGUCAUUGCAGCUCACAGUAAUCUUAAGAGGCAUAAAAAAUCUCACUCUAGGUAGAAAUCCUACAAAUGUAAUCAGUGUGAUAAGACCAUUCCUGGCCAUUUUAUUUGUCAAUUGCAUAAAACAUACUGGAGGGAAACCCUAUGAUCAUAAUCAAUGUGGUAAGGCCUUUGCAUAGCACAGUCAUCUUCAAUGUCAUCGAAGAACAAAUACUAGAGAGAAACAGUUUGAAUAAAAUCAAUGUGGUAAAGCCUUUUUAUUUCUUAUUUUCUGCAAAUGCACAUACUGGAAUACAUACUGGAGAGGAAUCCUACGGAUGUAAUCAGUGUGGUAAGGCUAUUGCAUAUCAGUGUCAUUUUCAAAGGCAUAAAAGAACACACAGUAGAGAGAAACCCUUUGAUUUUAUUCAGUGUGUUAAGACCUUUGCAGAUCACAGUAAUAUUCACAGGCAUACAAAAAACACAUGCUGGUGAGAAACAGUAUAAAUAAAAUUAGUGUGAUAAAGCCUUUUUAUGUCUUAUUCAUCUUCAAAUGUACAAAAGUACACAUUUUGGAAAGAAACCAUGAAUGUAAUUUGUGUGGUAAAUCCUUUGUCACAAUAAUCUCCAACUACAUAAAAUAAACCCUCCUGGAAAGAAACUAUGAAUUUAAUGAGUGUACUUUUCAAAAUCAUGAGAAAAAUCAUAUUGUAGUGAAACUCUUAAAUGAAUUCAGUGUGCUAAUGUUUUCCACUUUAUACUGGAGUCAAACUUUUUUGUAAUAAGUCUGAUAAUGCUUUUCCAUUAUUACAGUAGUCUUUGGGUACCUGAAGAAGAAACUGAGGGUUUAUUCUAAAUUAUUUUUUAAGAUAUUAAGCCAAUACACUUAAAGUCAGUUAAUUAACAUUUAUUCUGUAGAAAAAAAUGGUAGUGUCAAUGAUCUGUUCAAGCAUUCUGAUACCAGCAAACUGAUGGCCAAAACCUAAUUUAUGAAUUUAUGAAGUUCUAUGGGUAGGAGAAAGGUCCUUUCAAAGAAACACACCCUGGUCCUAAAAUGAAAUCCUAAAGAAACACUUUGGCCCUGAAUCUAGAGCUAGUUAAAGAAACAACAUCACCCCAAAACAGAGUGAAAUGUUAAAAAGGGCCAGUGUAGGAAAUACACUUUGAAUCUUAAACCAGAGUCAAAGAAACAAACUCUACUCUUCUCCAACUGAACACAAAACCAAUCUCAGAGCUCAAAAUCUACUGCUGGAAAUAUUUUAAAGUCUACUUAUAUCAGUUUGAAGUCCACAAACUCAUAAAGAAGAAAUCCCCAUUCAUAAAAACAAUUUGUUAAUGAAUUUAGAUUUCACAGUUGUCUUUAGCUUCAAGAAUAAUUGUUUCUCUUCAUAGCCUUAAAGUAAGUAAAUUAUGUACCAUGUUCACUCCAGACUGGUGCAGGAGAUCAUGGCAAUGUGGUUUCUAUUUUGAAACAUAUGAGAUAGUCACUAAAGUGUGCUCUAUGUGUGGCAAAUCCAUUUAGUGAAGUUUAUUUUGUAGUCCUUAUAUUCCUUCUGUGGCUUUUGUUCAGCUUCUAUUCUGCCUGUACCUAGUGAUACAUAUUUUUCUGCUGUAAUGUAUAGAAUGGCGUCCCCAUCAUAUAAUUGUCCCAUUGGUCAAUGAAAUAUCAGACCAUGUUUUAUCAUACUUUUCAUGAAAGGGUGGUGGUUUGUUGUUCCUGAUUUUGAUUUUCAUAUUUUCACAAAUUCCCUUGAGAUUUUGUUGUUUGUUAUUCAUCUUAGCUUGGAUGUCAGUAAUGAUUUAGGUAUACAUUUGAACUCAUGAUGUUUAUGUGUUUUCCUCUUGAGUACAAGUCCAAGGGUAGAUGAUUAACUCCCAGUGUGUGCUGUUUCUUCAAGAGAUUUAACAAUGUUAAUGUAAAAAUGACUGAUAAAAGAAAUUAUAAGAAACAUUAAAUACCUCAUGUUUGUAUUUAAAGAAAUAUUUUAAUUUAUCUGAUGUAGAUGUAAUAAAGUAUGAUAGUCAGCCAU